AGAAAAACCACAAAAACCACUCGCCACGUCAUCACUCGCUACUCUUCCAAUAAAAGCAAACGACCAACCCGUUGGGGCACAGGACGCCUUCUUUGUGCCCGUUUUCGUAGGGCUUUCGGUGGACCAUUCAGACAAGCUUGGCCUAACCGGGCCAAGCGAACGACCAUCAGUCAGUGUGGCUUGCUGGCUGGUUUUGCUGUUGGAAGCAUGUUUGCGUGACUGGUUUGUAGUCUUGUGCAGCGUAAAUUGAUCGAGAUGAGUUCAUAGUUUGAAUAUGUGAGGUAGACUCAUUUGUAGCGAUGGCUUUGUCAAUGAGUCGGAAACUGGGGAAGUCACUUCUGCUGUUCAGCUUUUGGUACAUGGAAUGCCUCCUGCAGGCAUUCGUACCAGGUGCACUCGUGAAUGCAAGGCAGUCUGCGCAAACACGGUUGGCAGCUGAAUCCAAGAAACGGCAGUUCCCUCCGUUGACAAGUCCGCAAAUCCUGAAGAACACGUGUUCGUUCCCUUGGAAGGUUAUGGACAGAAGAUAGAGGAUUUGUUUGAAGGAGAGGAGUUUGCGUUUGUUCGUGGAGGUGUUGGCGUGGGCAAAAGCACUUUGCGCUUGCACCUGGCACGGCAAAACCCGAAGUUUGUUAGUGUUCCUUUUGGUGAUGGAAAGUAUUGUGAAAACCAUUAUGACUGCGAUGCAGAGGAGUGUCAGAAAGGAUGAGAUGCAACUUGAGGAUGCAGUUUGCCUAGCGCAUGCAAACAAUCUGACACUGGUACUAGAUGAAGCCCAUACUAUCUUCAACCUCCCGGACCUUUGUGUGCUGCUUUUCAAGAGUGACACUCACCCCAAGUUGCUCUUGUUAUCAGCAUCAGGCGAGGGAAAGGGUAGCAGGGCAGUCACACCUUCCGAGAUCAAACAGAAGUUCUUUUGGACUCCUCCUGUCCCUGAAACGGAGGAUGCUCUUGAUGAACUUGUCAAGGGGUUGAAUGAGGCAGGCGUACACCUAGAUGCAAGAAGCGUGGCUUUCUUCCUCAAAUUUUGCGGCGGGCACCGAUCAAUUUAUGUUGCCGCGAUGAGAUGGGUCAAACAGAUGCAAGAUGAGACAAGUCAUUGGGCAUUUAGAGACACAGUCGCAAAAGUUCGAGCCAGCAUUAGCGAUGGCAGUUGGGCAACUGGCACGAUCUUGGGUGCACUUGCUGAAUCACGAGGAGUGAAGGUGAAUGGGAGAUACAGUGACCUUGACGUAGUGCAAAAAGAAUUCAUACAACGUCUUUGUGAAGGCCCAGGUAAUCUUUCUAAGGAGAUACGGCGUGAGUUGACCAUCCAGGGAUUUGUCAUCCCGGUCUCGGAAGGUAAUGAUGAGUUCCAGAGAGUAGAUUGGACAAGACCAGGUGCCACGUAUGCUGUUGCCAAUCCAAUUCUGGCUUCCUACUACAGGCAUCAAUUACAGAACUUUUGUGGAUUGAAAGUGCAUGUUGAACCGUUUGUGCCAGUCAAUUGUUUGGAUCUAUUGCUUCGCGCAAUUCCAUGUCUGACUUUUGCACAGGUGGUCUCCUUUGCCGCAGACCUUGAAUCAAAUUCCUCUCUGUCAGGGUCAGACUUGCCGUAUGAAGAGCAAUACAAUGCUGCCAUCCUACAUGCUCUGCAAAGAUUGGGGUAUCAGGCUUCUGCACCUUUAACCCCCCGCAAUGGCAAAGUUGAUGUACUGGUGCAGAUUAACCAGAUGGCUUUCAGCUUGGAAUGCAUCAUGGCAAAUCGUGGCCAGGAAAGCCACAUUGAGCAUCGCAAUCGCUUCGACAAUGAAAACCUGACAAACUAUUUCAAGGCUGACCACAAGGCACUGGUCACAAUCGGAAGUACAAAUGUUGCGCGUAAACGAGUCAAUGAGACAAGAGCUGAUGGUGUGGAGAUCGUCGGUUUGAUGCCAAACAUUGCGCAUACUGGCUACCACGUUCUGUACCGUGGCCUGGGGCCCAAAACAACCGAGCAGAUCAAGCGUUUCGCAUGUUUUCAACUACGUCUAUGUUUUUUAUGCUCGCUUCGAAGAAUUCCAAACGAGUGUGUAGAAUCAUUCCCUUAUUUUGUUCGGAAAGGUGCCGCUGAGGGUACAGAUUUGGUGGAGUACUAUGUCGAGUGCGACCUUGUAGCACGUGCGUUGGACCAUGAUCGAAUCCGCUGCAUCCAGAAGAUUUCGCACAUCAACCCACCUGGGAAACCUCCACGUCUAGACCAAGCCUUUGGAACCCAGACCAAAGCUGUUUGGGUGAGGCAACUGCAGCAGGAGAUUGGCAACGCUUUCCAAGUCAAGGGAGAAUUGCUGAACGUUGAUGACCUCAAAGAAGCCAUAUGCUCAGAAGUUGCCUUGUCUCAAGUUUGUUUUGGCUGCUCUUGUUGAGACUCGACUGUCGUUUGCUUCAGACAAUCGAAAAGAAGGAGAAACUGUCCAUCGCCGCGUCCAAGAUUGACAUCUACAGCUCGAAGGAUGGAAAGUGGAUUUGGAAGAAGGAGGAGAAGAUGAGCGCAUGUCUUCGUGACAUUUCUGAAGAGAAUCCUUAUGGCUACAUUGUGCCAUAGCAGCUUGGUUGGUGCAAAGCUGAACCAAUUGGCACAAAGCGGAUUCAAUCCAACCUUUCUCGUGCAUGUCAUGAGCAGUGGACAAUUUCACCAAAUGUAUGAAACUCAUGUGACAACCUUAAGCAGCAAUUUUCACAAUUCAACACCUCAAUAACGAGCCAGCAAUGAUCGUGGAAUGAUCCCGCGACACAAAAA